GUGUUCUAUCAUUUCAUCCUACCCAUCGAGUGGUCCUACCGAGGCUUACUGCGCAUGCGCACAUCAUUUUUACGUCAAAUGACGAUGGUUUUCGGGUACGCCCAUAAUUUUAUCCUACCUGGAUAUAAGUACGCCAUGGAAAAGAAGUGGGAAACAGUAUACAAUCUUCUGUCUUCGGGAUCAUACCCAUCAGACUUUGACAAAUCACAGCGGCAGAACCUUCGGAGAUAUGCCUCCAAUUUUCAGAUAAAGGAUGGAGAUCUGUUUUUUGGGAAUCAAAGAAGGGUUAUUAAAACCAAAGAAGAAGCCAUGUUGCUGUUCCAGGAGUUUCAUUCCUCUCCCAUGGGUGGACAUUCAGGAAUCUUAAAAACACGGACAGCCAUGUGUUCCAGAUUUUACUGGCAUGGAAUGUCAAUCGACAUUGACAACUGGGUACUGGAAUGUGAUAAAUGCCAGAAAAUUGGAAAGCCUUUGACCGCUGCACAACCACUACAGUGCAUUAAGGUGUCUGCGGUCUGGGAGCUCAUUGGGAUAGACCUAACAGGACCAUUACCAAAAACUUCAGAUGGCUUUCAAUACAUUUUGACAGUUACAGAUUAUUUCUCAAAAUGGGUAGAGGCCUUUCCUUUGAAAACUAAAUCUGCAGCUGAAGUGGGUAGAAAUCUUUGUUCUAUCAUUUAUAGACAUGGCUGUCCAAAGCGCAUCCUUUCAGAUCAGGGACGGGAAUUUGUUAAUGAUGUAAGCGUAAUCAUUAAACUGGAAAACUUUUGAGCCCUCUGUUUAUUAGGAUUCAUAGUUGCUGUCUUGACACUAUGCUUGUGAUGAUUGUGUAUUUAUUUUGCAUGCAAAUUGAAUGUUUUUAUAAAUAUAUUUGAUUACAAUAAUCAUAUCUUUUUAAAGCUUAACCAUAGGCUUUGUGAAUUGCUACACAUCCAAAGGAGCGUAACAGCAGCCUAUCAUCCACAAACAAAUGGCCUGGAUGAGAAGACUAAUGACAAUAUAAAAAGAGCCCUUAAAAAAUUGGUCAAUGACCAGCAAAACGAUUGGAAUGUCUAUCUGGAUGCCACCCUGUUUUCAUUGCGGUCUAAAGUGCACACUACCACAAAAUUCUCCCCGUUUCUUUUGAUGUAUGGGAGGGAGGCAGUGUUCCCUUCAGAGGUUCCUGUUGAAGUGCCAGGUGGACAAAAUAACCUAUGAAAAUGCAAGGUAUUUGAUGUAUCGAAGGAAUUCUUCUCCAGCCCCUAGUAAUGAGACUCUGGUCUUCAAAGGACAACAAUCAGGUGGAAGCAGUUGCCGGGCCAUACAAAUUGUAUGAUUCUUCUUUUAGAACACUGCAAGGGACCGAAUGGGUCGCUGAUGAAGUGAUUGAUGCAUACCUGAACCAUCUGAUUGAACAACAUAAGACGCCUGUAUAUCAGCUGUGUGCAGUGGUUGCUUCUUCUUUAGCUGCUGGACAGUUUCGAUGUCUCAGAAAGAUGAAGUUCCCAGUUGAGGACACAUGGCUGUGCCCUGUCAAUACCGGAGGACAUUGGAUUCUUGUGAUUGUCAGCAUGUCAAGAAAGAUCCUCUCCAUCAUUGACCCCAUGGGAAAUGAGGGAUUAUAUGAGAGAAAGAUUUUGCGGAACUGGAGGAAUUUUUUAAAGAUGAUUGGACACCAAGAUCACAGCGCUGAAUGGCGAACAACAGUAUUGAAACACAACCCACAGCAAGAUGCGAGCAGCUGUGGCGUUUUAGUGCUAAAGUUCGCAGAAGAUUUUCUUUCUACUGGAGCUAUCGACAAUGUGCAGACAACACAAGCAGCUAUUAGCACCGCCCGAAUGGGGAUAGCCUGUUCAUUGCUUGAACGUAAAGGCAAUGCAGAGGACUACUGCACAGUUUGCUCUAUGCUGGAAGGGGAUGGAGACAAGAGCAUGACUGAAAUGGUGCAGUGUGAUGUGUGCAGUCGCUGGGCACAUUUUGAAUGUGUCCAAUAUAGUAAAGAGAUUUCCGCCAACUACCACUGUAGAAAGUGUACAGUUAACAAAUAACCUGAAUGUAUUUUUUCCUGGAUUAAGCUGCACUUUGCACUGUUUGUUUUAAAAUGUAAAAUCUAAGUACACUGUAUAAUAUGUUUAUAAAAAUGUGUGUUAUUGGAUUACAAUGCAAUGUUCAACUUAAUUAGUAAAAGUAUUAGCAAACCAUGAGAAAAAAAAACUUUGGGGAUUCAGUAAAAUCACAGUGAACCUUAAUCAACUCCCA